AUUAUAUUUUAAGAAGCAAAAUUAAAGCAUAAGUAUACAAGUAACGUAUCAUUGCAGAAAGAUGAGUAGGAUUGUCUUAUGCAUUUUCUUCUGUGCUGGACUUUUGUUAUGUGUGGAAACACGUAAAUGUCCAAGAUGUGAUAAAAACCAUUGUCAAAAAAAGAGAGACAGCGAUUGUCCUGCUGGUCUUGUGCUCGAUAAGUGUAAUUGCUGUCUUGUCUGUGGAAAAACACUAAAUCAACGAUGUGGAGGAGGUUAUCGAAAUUAUGGAAAAUGUGGAAGAAAUCUUGUCUGCAAGCCAGACAGCACAUCAUCUGACAAUGCUAGCACCUGUAAAAAGGCUUAAUUCUAUUUUUAAAAAAUUAAUUAACAAAUAACUUUUAAAUUAAUUUAAAAAAUAUUUAAAAAUUAAU